GGCAUAUCUUUGAUUUGUCUAUACUUAUUGAAAUGCCAGGGUAACCCUUAUGUCUGCAGAUUCUGGCUUUUAGACAUAAAUUUGGUUUUAUGUGGUUUUCUAAGCCACCAGGAAUAGACGAACAGUAUGACACAGUAGUUUUCUUUCCAUGGCGAAAAACAAAAUAAUUCCAUUCUAACAAUGCGAUGAUUCACCGAUGGUUCGGAGAUAAAUGUCCUAUCUGGACAUUUAAGUUUAUAACAAAGUAAAUCAUGGAAUCAAAGUUGAGUCAGCCAUGAACGUUGUAUCGAAUUGGCCCUUUCUGUGAAGAUUCCGACAAAAGUGACAAUCAUCGACUCCCAUUUGUACAAAUGGAAAGUAAACGGGAAUGUUGGAGUAAGGCGUCACGUUAAAGUGUGCGCAAAGAAGCGAGGAGUGCGCAAGACUUGUCUUCAAUUUCUAACGGAUAAGUUCCCUUUAUUCUGUUAUUUUCUUUUAUUCUCAUCAAGUGAAAGUGCAGAAUAUAAGUAUAUAAUUUUCAGAUUCUUUGAACUUUUAGGCUCCAAAAGGCCGUUAACAAUCGGAUUGAAAGAGAACUAAAUGAAGAAUUAUGUAUGCGCACUCUUUGCCGUCCUUACCCAACAAUUAUCAGUAAAAUUAAAAAAAAAAAUUAAAAAGUAUGAAAACAAAAGUUUUUGAAAAAAUGAAAUUUGAACAAUUUAUUGGUGUACUUUGUUAACAUUACAACUUAUACUGGUGUAACGUGCAAAUAAGGCAAGAGUGAGUGGAUGGAUAUGUAAUUUAAAAAAUUAUAUAUUAAUGCUCUGCUUAAAAUUAAUUAACAUAACGCUAGUUUUUUUAAAUGAGUAAUUUAUUGUAUGUUUUGAUAAUUUGUGUUAUUUGUUCUGACAAUAUUAAAACAUCACAUCGGCUAGUGAAUUUUGGAAAAUUUUCAAAGAUAAGUCUGAUUGCAAAACCUGAGUGAAUACAAUGCUAGUUUAUUGAUGAGUGUAAUCAUGAGAGAAAACAAAGAACCUGUGAUUUUAACUUUGAAGAAUUUGAAAUGGAUGUACCGUGGCGAAGGAAACGCGAAUUUAGUGAUUUCUCUCCCCGAGAAGAAAGUUAUAAUUAGAAUGCAAAAGUGUGUAUAUGACGUUUCAAUAAAUAAAGACUUACUGGAGGCCAAGUUAGUUAAAGACGUUCAGUUUCACAAGAAUAUAAUGGCACCACUUUUAGGAAGGACGUUCGUCCAUGCUCCAGUUCUGGCUAGGAUAUCUGAAAACGAAAUAGCAGAGAUCAACAAUUGCCUUUAUGUAAUCCGUCCUAAGUUUAGAUUGAAUAAAGGCGUUAGAUGCAGCCUUGUCACCUGCCAUCCAGAUUACACACGUCUUUCACCGAAUCUUUCCUACGAUUUUGGACUCUCGCUGCCUUUUCUGAAUGAGAAUUCGACUUACUGCUUUGAAAUCAAGCCGAAACAGGGUUGGACGCAUCCUGCAGACCGGCAACAAACGAAGUGCGCUUUUUGUGGCCACCAGUACCUAAAGUUUAUGAAGAAAAGGAUAUUAAAGUUGAGCAAAUACUGCCCGUUGGACUUAUUCUCAGGUGAUGUAAACAGGAUGAAAAAAGCGCUGAAGAAUCUCUUAGCAACACCUCAAAAUAAUCUUAAAAUAUUCAAAAAUGGUGAUGUGAUUUAUAGUGAAGACUGCACUAAUGAUUUUGUCGAUACGCUAAGAGAAUUUUUGAGAAGCACUGAGCUGAAUCCUGAAGCGAUUCUUGAAACCUGGAGCUCCAUCAUGCAAGAGGCACUGACAAAACCGUUGACUGAAGAUUCGCCUCUUCCCACCAUUGUCGACGAUGCCGUCGGAAGUGAUACCUCUUCUUCGUAUACAGGCUGUGACUGGAAUUACGUCGCUCUGCCUAAAAACUGCGUACUCCACAGGAUCCUCACGGUUCAGAAAUUGCAAAAAACAAAUUUUAACAGCGUAUACAAAGCGUACAGGGAGAAGUGCGAGUUCGAGGGGGAUUAUGACUAUGUUAACAGGCUUUUGACUUCGUUCAAUGACUUAGAUCCGAUCCAAAGAUAUCUGUUGUCAGUCACAGCAAAAGACUGCUCUAUAUUUUUAUCCUUUCAACUCUGCCAGGAUAAAAUAGACAAUUCCUACCAUUACGUUACAUUCGACAGGGUGCAUUACAGGCUAAAUAUAGGAAUUUCAGAUAUUGACCCAAAACCCCUGUCUUGUUUAGAAAAGCAUUACAGAAGAGAUAAAGAUGUUCUUUCGGCCAUACGGUUUUUAGAAAAUUCUAAAAUUAUUGUGUAGGGUUUAAAUUAUAUAGACAUAUUAAAACAAAAAACUGAAUAAUUUUA